AUGGAGAGGACAAAGAUGCUCCCGGCAGGCAGAGCCGGUGGUGCAUACAUCCCGCCCUUCCGCUUGAAGCAGAUGCAAGCAGGCAUCCAGGACAAAUCGAGUGUUGAAUAUCAGAGGAUGACGUGGGAGGCUCUGAAGAAGAGCAUCAAUGGUCUGAUCAACAAGGUCACCAAAGCGAACAUCACCAGCAUAGUGCAGGAAAUCUUCCAGGAGAACCUUGUUCGUGGCCGAGGCCUCUAUUGUCGUUCACUCAUGAAAGCACAACUUGCCUCGCCCAAUUUCACCAAUGUAUACGCAGCAUUGACAGCAGUUAUCAACACAAAGUUGCCUGAGAAUGGAGAAACCUUGUUGAAGAGAGUCAUUAUGCAGUUCAGACGUUCAUACAAGAGAAACGAUAAGCCUGUUUGUACUGCAAUGGUGAAGUUCAUCGCUCACCUCAUCAACCAGCAAGUGGCCCAUGAGAUUCUUGGCCUCCAAUUGCUUACUGUCCUCCUUGAGAAGCCGACAGACGACAGUGUGGAACUUGCUGUCAGCUUUGUCAAGGAAGCAGGAUCCGCUCUCCAUCAACUCACACCCAUGGGCUUGCAUGCCAUCUUCGAACGGUUUCGAGGGGUGCUUCACGAGGGUGAGAUCGACAAGCGCGUUCAGUAUAUGAUUGAAGGGCUCUUUGCUGUUCGCAAGACAAACUUCGCGGAGUUCCCUGCCCUGGACGCUGAUCUUGAUCUUGUUGAUGCGGAUGAUCAGAUUACACAUGAACUGUCACUUGAUGAUCAGCUGGAUCCAGAGCCAUCGCUUGAUAUUUUUCACCCUGACCCUGAAUUUGUUGAGCACGAAGAAGCCUGGAAGUCACUCAAGAAAGAGCUUCUUGGAGAAGAAGAAGGAGGAGAAGAGGGCGACGAUGAGGAGGAAGAGGAGGAAGAGGAAGAGGAGGAAGAUGAGGAGGAAGCAGCUGCUCAACAACAGGAGAUCCAAGAUCAAACAGAAACCGAUCUGGUUAAUCUGAGGCGAACUAUUUAUCUCACGAUCCAGAGUAGUAUGCAGUCUGAUGAAGCUGCACAUAAGUUGCUCAAAUUGCAAAUCAAACCGGGACAGGAGAAAGAGAUGCUUCGAAUGAUCAUUGAAUGCGGCAUGCAAGAGAAAUCGUAUAUGAAAUAUUACGGUGUUCUCGCAGAGCGCUUUUGUAAAUUAAAGAAGGAGUGGGAAGAGAUGUACGACGAGCUGUUUGCUCAGUACUAUGCCACAGUGCAUCGACUUGAAACCAACAAGCUCCGCAACGUCGCAAAGAUUUUUGGUCACUUGCUCCAUACAGAUGCGAUGCCAUGGACGUGCCUUGAGUACAUUCGACUGAAUGAGGAGGAGACUACCUCCUCAUCUCGUAUCUUCAUCAAGAUCCUCUUCCAAGAGGUGUCGGAGUACAUGGGGCUACCCAAGCUCAAGGAGCGUCUGGAGGAUCCUUUCAUGGCACAGUACUUCGAGGGUCUGUUUCCCCGUGACAACCCAAGGAACACGAGGUUUGCCAUCAACUUCUUCACAUCUAUUGGCUUGGGUGGACUCACGGAGGGGCUGAGAGAGCAUCUAAAGAACUUGCCAAAGAUGAUCAUGCAACGGAAGCAGGAGAGCUCGUCCUCAUCAUCCUCGUCUUCAUCGACAUCGUCUUCAUCGAGGUCAGGCUUUUCUUCCGACUCGGAUUCUGACAGUUCUAGUUCCUCCAGCUCCAGCUCCUCGUCAUCCUCAUCCUCAUCAGGAAAGAGGCCUGCUCCGAAACGGCAGAGACGAGAUUGA